AUGGUUUUCGUCUCCUCUAUUCGUCGAGCGAUUCAACAACGCUCGCGUUUAUUCUUGCCAACACCUGUUCAUCUUCCUCGAGAGAGUAAAUCAAACAGUCAAUCGUUACUACAAGAAGCAGCGAUUGUACAUAGCGUUGAACAUGGCUUUCCACAGUUAUUACCAUUAGGUGUUCGUGUUUUAACUAAAUUAAAGAAAGUAAUACGAUUUGAGAUGAAUGCUGUCGGUGGACAAGAAUUAUCACUUCCUGCAAUUGGUCGAAGGAACAUGUGGGAGGCCAGUGAUCGAUGGAAUUUAAUGCAUAAUGAAUUGUUCAAAUUCAAAGAUCACAAUGAAGAAUAUUGCUUAAGUCCCACGCAUGAAGAAGCAAUUACAAAACUCGUUUCGUCGGUGUGCAAAUCAGUUGCACGAAGUAAUUAUCCAUUACUUCUCUAUCAGAUCACAUGGAAAUAUCGCAACGAACCCAAUUAUCGACACGGUCUUUUGCGUACAAAAGAGUUUCUUAUGAAAGAUUUAUACAGCUUUCAUAGAAGUGAAGAAUGUGCACAACAAGUGUAUGAACAAGUAUGUGAUGCAUACGAACGGAUAUUUCAAAAAUUAGAAUUGAAAUGCUUUAAAGUACCGGCUGAUAGUGGCCUAAUGGGCGGAUCACUAAACCAUGAGUUUCUCGGCAUAUCACCCGUGGGUGAGGAUACAGUUCUCACGUGCUCAACAUGUGGUCGAGGGUCUUUAACUAACAAACCACAAUGUGAACAUACAGAGAAGGUGGAACAACGAGCGAUUGAACUCGGUCAUUGUUUUCUUCUCGGCGAUCGAUAUACCAAAGCAUUUGAUGCAAUAGAAGGUUCAUCAGAUGUGACUGAAGAUAAAAAACCAUUGAUUAUGGGUUGUUAUGGAAUUGGACUGACGCGUUUGAUGGCAGCAGCAGUAGAAAUACUUACACCAAGAGGAUCCUCUGAUAUUCGCUGGCCACGACGAAUCGUACCGUAUCAAGUGGCUAUUUUACCGCCAAAAAAAGGUAGUCCGGAGGAAGCCAAUGGUAAUAAGCAAACACUCGGUCGUCUAUUGCAACUUGAUAAUAAUGAAUGGUUUGUGGAUGAUCGUACUGAGUUAACCAUUGGAUACCGAUUGAAAGAUUGUCAGAAAAUGGGUGUACCAAUUGUUAUCACAUUUGGAAAACGAGCAACAAAACAAAACCUAUGCGAAGUUAUUGAUGUUUACAACAAUCGAACAGAAUAUUUGUCGUAUGAGGACACAUUGAAAUUCAUUCAAGAUUAUUAUUCAGUUUUUUGUUGA